CCCGCACCGUCCCUGUGCGUCACUUCCGGGCGCCGUGAUUGAGGUGCCGUAAAAGAGGCCCAGCCAUGGAAGGCAAACCCUUGGUGACAUCAAAACAGAGGACUGAAGUGGUGCGUGGGGUCCCCACCCAAGUGGUCUGCACAGCCUUCAGCACUCACAUCCUGGUGGUGGUGACCCAGUUCGGGAAGAUGGGUACCCUGGUCGCCGUGGAGCCCAGCAAGGUGGCCAGUGACGUCAGCAAGCCGGUGCUCACGACCAAAGUCCUCCUCGGGCAGGACGAGCCUCUCAUCCACGUCUUCGCAAAGCACCUGGGGGCGUUCGUGUCGCAGGAAGCGGGGAACAAAGCAGUGCUCCUGGCCGUGGCCAUGAGGGACCGGAGCCUGGAGGGGUUGACAGCCGUGCGGCAGGCUGUGCAGGCGUGCCAGGUGUGGUGACCCGCGCCCGCCGGAGCCCAGUGGAGGCCGGCGCCCUCUGGGUGUGCGGGCCCACCCACGGUCAGGCAGAAGCAGGGGCUCCCCGGCGGUAGGCCUGGCGGCCGGGCGGGUGCGCGUCCCCGGCAGACUUCUGUGUGGCCGCCGGCCCUGUCCAUGGAGCGAAGGCGCGGAGUGCGCCCUGGGAGUCGUGAACGGCCUCGCCAGGGCCCAGCUCCUUGCGUGUUCCUGGCCCUCCCUGGCCCUCCCUGUGUGGUACCAGCGGCGGCGGGAGAUUGUUUUUGUAUUAAAAACCAGUGCU